AUGAUUCCACAGACUGCUGCUGCAGUAUUCCACACUACUGUUGCUUCUCGCAGUGUUUCAUCUGCUUCUAAUAUAACUGGAACUUUUCGUUUUCUAUCAGCAUUGACUGUGUCUUGCAGCUCUUUACAUUUGGACUCGUUACGAUCGCAUCAUCCGUUUGCUGCCAUUCAUCAAAGCCGAUCAUUAUCUUCUUCAAGAUUUCCAUGGAGUAGCAAUCAAAAGAAUUCUUUAUUUUCAAGUACUAGAUUCAAUACAAAAUGUAAUUCUAUACAUUCUUUCAAGGUAUCACAAUCUCGUUCAUUCUGGUCAUUCUUUGGAGCUUCAACGACCACAUCUACUCAGGCUCUUGUCGACGCUCCCAUUGUAUCUGCCCCAUCGAUUGAAAAUGCUACUAAUACGGCCAGCACUGUUGGAGAUCAAAUUCUAAACGAAAUUCCAGUAGAACCCAUAUCUGCUAUUGCAGAAGGAACCAACAUUGGAGAUCUUAUGACAGAGACCGCACUUGGUGCCAUUACUCAAAUUGGCGAUCUGCAUUCACUUGGAUUGGCCAAUUAUAAUCCAGUGGGAUUAUUUCAGAUCAUCUCAGAAUACAUCUAUGUUUAUUCCGGCAUGCCUUGGUGGGCAACCAUUGUUGCUUUGACCAUCAUUGUUAGAAUUAUUGUUGCUCCAUUGGCAAUCAAGGCUCAGGUUGCUGGUGCCGUGUUGGGAGGUCUACGUCCCAAAACUGAUCCUAUUCAAAAGCGAGUCACCCACUUGCGAAGUAUUGGUGAUACCGCUGGAUCUCAACGCGAAGCUCAAAAACUCUUUCAAGUGUACAAGGACAAUAAUAUCAGUCCACUCUCUAUUGGCUGGGGUAUCAUUCAAGCUCCAAUCUUUAUUUCUGUGUUUAUGGCCAUCAAAUAUAUGGCCGAGCUUCCUGUUCCUGGAUUUACCACUGGAGGGUUUGGAUGGAUCACUAAUCUAUCUACUGCCGAUCCCACGUAUAUUCUUCCCAUUCUUUCUUCGAUUGGCAUGCUAAUUACUAUGGAGUACUCGCCCAAACUUACUGGCUCUCCUCCUCAAAGUGCUAUGAUUCUCAUGAUCAUGCGUGUUGCUUCAGUAGUAAUGAUUCCUGUAAUGGGCGGCUUACCAGUGGCUGUAUUUAUAUAUAUGUUGGUCAGCACGGUGCUCAUGAUUGCGCAAAUGUAUCUCCUAAGUAUCCCUGCAAUUCGUGUCAAGCUAGGACUCUCUAAAGUUGUUCCAGCAGCUGUGAUGGCUCCUCCCGGCAUGCUCGUUGUUAGCCCAAUUGGUCUGACUCAUGCAGCUAAAGCCAUUCAAGAAGCACGCAGAGAUUUUACCAAAUCCACCAAUGUGAUUUCACAAUCUCUUGAUAAGAAAUAAACAAUGAUGCUUAUGUCUUG